UGCCAUUGGCCGGCGCGGGGCCGCCGCAGCCAAUCGAGCGCGGGGAGGUGGUGGGGCCGAGCAAGAUGGAGGAGUACGCUCGCGAGCCCUGUCCCUGGAGGAUAGUGGAUGACUGUGGAGGGGCCUUCACCAUGGGGGCCAUAGGAGGGGGCAUUUUCCAGGCUAUCAAAGGCUUCCGAAAUUCCCCAGUGGGUGUAAACCACCGGCUGCGGGGCAGUUUGACGGCUAUUAAAACCAGAGCUCCACAACUGGGAGGGAGCUUUGCUGUCUGGGGAGGUCUCUUCUCCAUGAUUGACUGCAGUAUGGUCAGAAUGAGAGGGAAGGAAGAUCCCUGGAAUUCCAUCACAAGCGGAGCCCUGACUGGAGCCAUUUUAGCUGCAAGAAAUGGCCCUGUUGCCAUGGUUGGAUCUGCUGCAAUGGGAGGAAUUCUCCUGGCCCUGAUCGAAGGAGCUGGAAUUCUGCUGACUAGAUUUGCCUCCACACAAUUCCCAAAUGGCCCACAGUUGUCAGAGGAUCCAUCCCAGCUCCAGCCACCCCCAUUCAGCGACUACCGACAGUAUCAAUGAUGGUCUCCGACCACCUCCUCCCCCCUCCUCCUCCUCCUCCUCCUCCUCCUCCUCCUCCUCCUCUUCCUCCUCCUCUUUUCUUUUCCUUCCCUGUCCCUGAGUGGUCCCACUUGGAGGAUGUGGAGGGGGUUUGUACCUAACACCAGUGGUCAUCCCUUACACACCACACGAGGAGGACGUGCAGCAUUUCUCAACGUCAAACUGCUCAGGAGAACUUUUAGAAAAGAAAAUCUAUUUAUUCCUGAUAUAUUCCAUUGCUGUAAUGUUACACAUGUCUGGUAGAAUACAAGGAAGUUUGAGACAAGGACCAAA